UCAGAGAGUCACAUGACCGGCCAAAAGUCGUAUUUGAUCGCCAAAACAAAGUGGUUGGUAUGACAGAUUGGGCCCAGUUAAGGUGACGGUCGAGUGUAACUAUUUGAAGUAACCUGCAGGACAUGCCAGAGCUUGUAUCCGGAUCCUUCAAGAUAAAAUGGCGUUUUUGUUGCUAUCAUCUGUACUUUUGGUCCUUGUUUUCCUCACAGCAGAAGUGACCCUCUGUACAGGAAGCACUGAAUGUGUUGCCAGAAACUUUGGCCAUGACUCUGUGGUGUGUGAGUGUAAUUCAACCUACUGUGAUAGUGUUGGGUCAGUCUCCUUGCCUCCUCUGGGCCAGUACUCCUCCUACCUUUCCAGCAUGGCCGGCAGCAGACUGAAGGGGGCCCAGGCUCAGGUCCAGGUGAAGAGCACCGGGGCAGGUAUCAGGUUAACCAUUGUUCCCUACCAGAAGUACCAGAAGAUCAGGGGAUUCGGAGGAGCUAUGACAGACGCAGCAGCCAUUAACAUCCUGUCUCUCUCUGCUGGUGCACAGGACCAGCUGCUACGCCAGUACUUUUCCCCUGACGGUAUCGGCUACAGUGUGGUGCGUGUGCCAAUGGCCAGCUGUGACUUCUCCACCCGUCUGUACACCUAUGAUGACACACCUGGAGACUACAACCUGGACAAUUUCACACUGGCCCCUGAGGACAUCAACAUGAAGAUCCCUCUCCUGCAGCGUGCUCAGGCCUUGUCUCCUCGCCCUCUGUCACUGCUGGCCAGUGCCUGGAGCGCCCCCGCCUGGAUGAAAACUAAUGGUGCGCUUGUGGGGAAGGGCUCCCUGAAGGGCCAGCCUGGGGGCAAGGAGUAUAAAACCUGGGCUCAGUACUAUAUCAGGUUCCUUGAGGAAUAUGCUAAAUAUAACUUGACCUUCUGGGCCUUGACCACAGGGAAUGAGCCCUCUGCAGGACGGAUGACUAACUACAGUUUCCAGGCUCUGGGCUUCACUCCUGAGGAGCAGAGGGACUGGGUGGCUCUGGACCUGGGCCCUGCCCUGCACGCUUCGUCACACCCACACACACACAUACUCAUACUGGAUGACAACCGCCUGCUGCUGCCUCACUGGGCUAAAGUGGUCCUAAAUGAUGUUCAUGCUGGGAGGUACAUUCAUGGUGUGGCAGUUCACUGGUACAUGGACUUCCUUGUUCCAGCUGAGAUAAGCCUCGGAGUCACCCAUCAUCUCUACCCAGAGUAUUACCUGUUUGGCACAGAGGCCUGCUCUGGCUGGAACCCACUAGACAGAGGCGUGAAGCUGGGCAGCUGGGACAGGGCCGAACAGUAUGCACAUGACAUUAUAGUGGACCUAAAUCAUUAUGUGGUGGGUUGGACUGACUGGAACCUGGCACUGGACCAGACUGGUGGACCAAACUGGGUUAAAAACUUUGUAGACAGCCCCGUUAUAGUAGAUGCACAACGUGAUGUCUUCUACAAGCAGCCAUCCUUCUAUAGCAUGGCCCACUUCAGCAAGUUCCUGUGGGAGGGGUCUCAGAGAGUGGGUGUGUCUGCUAGUCAGAAAACAGACCUGGAGUACUCUGCCUUCAUCAGACCAGAUGGCUCAGUAGUGCUCAUCAUACUCAACAGGUCAUCAUCAGAGGUCCAGUUUGAGGUGUGGGAUCCCGCUGUGGGCUACAUCCCCUCCACUGCUCCGGCUCAUUCUUUGCUCACACUUGCUUGGAACACACACUGAUCAUUAAAAGCUGCACAUGCAUUUGUUUUACUUGAAUCACAUUAUAAAUACUUCCAGUUAUUACUCUUACAAGCCACUCAAUGCACACAUUUUUCUAUUAGCUGGUACAGGAUUAUUUUUUUAUCUGCACAGCUUUAGUGAUUUCGUUGGUCACCUAAAUUAACCUCAGCUAAUGUGAUUUUAAUCCACAAUCCUUAAAAUGCUUUUUUAUGUGCCGAUUCUUAUCAGGAAUGGUACCUGAAAGAAGUGAAUGUAUCACCAGAAUGACCUGUACUGAAGUGUAACUGGUGCCUUGAUUUCCAGCUAAUAAGAUGCUUGAAGUGUCCUCAACAUGUCUUAUCUGUGAAGAAAUAUAAAUAAUGUACAUAAUUUGUAAAUGCCUUGCGCUAUUGCUAUUAAAUCAUUAUUUUAAUGUUAAAUAAAGAACAAAUUGUUUUAAAAUA